GGGGAAGAACUCGAAAGAAAAGAAGAGUAUAAUAACGGGAGGUGUAUUAUGUGAAACGUAAAGAAAAGAAAAAGAGAAACAAUGACAAAAAAAAAAAGAAAAGAAAAAAGAAAAAAGAAAAAACAAAAAGGAAGAAAAAGAAAAAAAAAAGGAGGAAAAAAAGAAAAGAGAAUUUUUCUCGUCCCGUGUGUUGUGUACAUAUGUACUAUACGAAGAUUCGUCGCUUACACGCGCAGCUCUCUCCUCCUUAUCUCGGCUGUAAAGUUGAGAGUGGUCGGGCCAUGCGUCUGUCUCUCUAAAUCUCUUCCCUCUCCUCUUCCACAACCCUUCCUUCGUUUGUGAUCUCUCUCACUCUCUCUCUCUCUCUCUCUCUUUCUCUCUAUUUAUCUCCAUCUCUCCUUCCUCUCUUUCUCUCUCUCUCUCUCUCUCUCUCGCUCUCGCUCUCUCGCUCUCGCUACUAACUCCAAUAUGGGAUUCCUUUAACGAUUGCAAACGUGACAAUUUCAAGACAUCGCGUUUAUCUUCAUUGUUACAUAUAUCGCGCAGUGCAAGUUGAAGGCUGUUGUGGUCGAUGACGAUCUCGGUAUUCUACAUGAGACCAGUGUACAAUUCGACAAUGAUCUACCAGAAUUUAGAACGUAUGGAGGUGUUAUACAAAAUAAAUGCGAAUCUCACGUAGUAGUGGCACCAACUUUGAUGUGGGUCAAGGCAUUGGAUAUGAUAUUAGACAAAUUACGUGUUUGCGGGGUUGAUUUUAGCAAAGUGUCAGCUAUUUCCGGAUGCGCUCAGCAACACGGUACCGUUUAUUGGGGAAAAGGUAGUCAAAGUCUAUUGAAAAAUUUAGAACCAACGAAAUUUUUACAUGAACAAUUUGCAACGUCGUUUUCGAUAACACAAUCGCCUGUAUGGAUGGAUUCUAGUACGUCAAACGAGUGUCAUCUUUUCGAGAUGACCGUAGGUGACCCAAAAAAAUUGGCAGAAAUAACUGGGUCUCGGGCAUACGAAAGAUUUGCAGGACCGCAAAUAGCAAAGAUAGCACGAAGAAGGCCAGAAGCCUAUAGUAGUACCGAGAGAAUUUCCUUGAUCAGUAGUUUUCUUGCCUCUCUCUUCUUGGGUGACUUUGCGCCAAUCGAUUGGUCAGACGGCUCUGGUAUGAAUCUAUUAAACAUUCGUACGAAGGAUUGGGACGAUGUCUUGUUAGAGACCUGUGCGCCUGAUUUAAGAAAAAAAUUGGGCAAACCGAUCUCUUCCUAUAACAAUAUUGGCCCAAUAUCGUCUUACUUUGUCGAAAGAUUUGGCUUCAAUGAGAGUUGCAGGAUAAUUGCAUUUACAGGAGAUAAUCCGGGUUCGUUGGUAGGAAUGAGAUUGAAAAAAGGAGAUAUUGCAUGUAGUUUAGGAACUAGUGAUACUUUAUUUUUAUGGCUGAACGAACCAAAAACUGCUAUCAAUGGACACAUUCUCUGCAAUCCUAUUGAAGAUGAGGCAUAUAUGGCAUUACUUUGUUUUAAAAAUGGAUCAUUGACUAGAGAAAGAAUACGUGACAAUGCUGCGCAAGGUUCAUGGCAAAUAUUUAACGAAUUAUUAGAAAGUACACCGCGAGGAAAUUUUGGAAAUUUUGGAUUAUAUUUUGACGCACAGGAAAUUUUACCGUCCGUGAUCGGUGAUCAUAGAUUUAAUAAAGCUAACGAUGAAAUUAAUCGAUAUAGCUCGAAAGAGGUAGAGGUUCGAGCACUCAUUGAAGGCCAAUUUGUGGCAAAAAGAGCACACGCAGAAGAUUUUGGUUUUGUUAUUGGUCCCAAUACUCGUAUAAUAGCAACAGGCGGUGCAUCUGCUAAUAAAACUAUACUACAAGUACUUGCUGAUGUCUUCAAUUCGCCUGUUUAUAUAUCGCUGUUCAAAGUGCCUGGGGUGUCGUGCAAUCCAAACGUCGCACAAGUUGAAAUUAUUUUGAAGUGUGCACAAUCAAGGGAAAUUACGAAUUCGGCUAUGAUGGGAGCAGCAUAUCAAGCAAAACACGGUUUAUUAAGAAACAAAAAUAGCUUUGAAGAUAUAACUGCUUCUUUACCAGAGCCAACACUCGUAUGUCGACCAUACGACGAUGCUGAAUCUAUUUAUCGACCAAUGACGCAACGUUAUCGAAAGUUGAUAGAAAGAGUAAUAAAAAGAAAUCAAUCACAGUCAGAUAAGUAAAAUGAAAUAUUGCAAUAAAUUCGAUUGCAUAAAUCUUUAGCUAAUUAACUUCCAACAAAUUCCACAAUUUUAUAUCGCGAUAGAUGCAUAUCAUAGUUAUGUGUAUAUAUAUACAUAUACAUAUAUAUAUAUAUAUAUAUAUA